CUACAUCCGGGUAAGACUGACAACUUCCUGGGAUGCCUGGCAACAACAAAGAUGGCGCUUAGCCUGGCAGAGCUGCAGGCUCCGCUGGCUGCAGACAAGGACCGGGACCGGGACCGGGACCGGGACAGGGAUGGAGGAGGAGGGUUGCGGCGCUGCAGAGGGAGACCCAGGCUCACAGAGUCCGACCGGGCCCAGAGGCGACUGGAGUCCCGGAAGAAGUACGACGUGAGGCGCGUGUACCUGGGAGAGGCGCACAAGCUGUGGAGCGAGCUCCGCCGCAGGACCAGUCUGAGUGAUGCCGGUCUGGCGGAGAACCUGAUCCUGCUCCACUCCACCUACGGAGACAAGUACCAGCAGGAGUACUCCGGGUAUGAAACCCACCCCCCCCCCCCCCCCCGCUGGUUCUCCGGCAGGAAGGAUCGGGUCUCGAGCCCCAGACUGGUCCGCUGGUACCAGGACCACGCGGGCUCCUGUCCUCACGAGCCCCGGCUCCGGGCCCUGGAGCCGGGGCCCGGCUCCUCCACCGCCGCCCUCUGGCAGUGUGACGCCCGCCACUCGUUUGUGCAGCACCUGUUCUCCCCGCCGAGGGGGGCGAGGGACUCUGGACGCGAGGAGCGAGGGGAGGAGGAAGAAGAGGAGGAGGAGGAAGAGGAGGAGGAGGAGGAGGAGGAGGAAGAGAGUGCAGCGAAGACAGACGUGUCCGUGGUGAAAGAUGACGUCUGCAGGAAGAGGAGGAAGGAGGCAGAAAAACAGUCCACAGAUGUGGGAGGAAACGUGGAUGUUUCUGAGGAACAACGUUCAGCCGUGAGCCCGGCCCCAGCCCAGCGGCCCAGGGACGAGGUCUCCUCGCAGGAGGUCCCGGGACCGCCCGGCUGGGAGACGGAGGUGGAGAUGGAGCGACAGCAAGACUCCCCGGCUGCAGGGUUUCACUCCGCCUCCUCAGAGGAGGAGGAGGAGGAGGAGGAGGAGGAGGAUCUGAGGCGAGGCAGAGUCCCAGGAGACGAGACCAGGACCGUACCGCACGCCCUACCGCACAGAUACGAGUGUGUUGCCGUGGCGGAUAAACUGGAGAAGACGGACUCGGACUCGGGGCUGUCGGCGAGCGUGGGGGGCUCCCUGGGGCUGUCCGUCCCCCCGGGGCUGCAGGACGAGGACCAGAGCGAGGACCAGGACGAGGACCAGAGCGAGCUGUUUGACCCCCGGACGCUGCAGACGGUGGUCACCAGCUGUGAGAUGCCCGACCACAGGACGGCGUUGGAGGGAGGGCAGUUAAUAAUCAUCACGGGCCCCAGCUACGAGGCCCUGACCUCAGAGGGCAUCCAGCUCAACAUGGGCGGGGGGGACGUGGAGGAGGUCACCUGCACCGUCAUCGGGGGGGUCACCUUCAACCAGGUCUGCACCGCGGACCCCAAACUCCAAACCGCAGAGGACGAAGACUCCAUGACUGGUCUGAGUGAGGGACAGCUGCUGCAGCCCGACGCCGUGGUGCUGAGUGGAGACCGAGAGCUGCAGCGCGGCCUGAGCAGCGUCCGGUCCAAGAGGAGCCGGCGGGGCCCGGUCGUCGAGGCCGACGGGAUGCUCAAGAUGUUCCACUGCCCGUACGAGGGCUGCAGCCAGGUCUACGUCGCCAUCAGCAGCUUCCAGAACCACGUCAACCUGGUCCACAGGAAGGGGAGGACCAAGGUGUGCCCCCAUCCCGGCUGCGGGAAAAAGUUCUACCUGUCCAACCACCUGCACCGUCACAUGAUCAUCCACUCAGGCGUCAGAGAUUUCAUCUGCGAGACGUGUGGGAAGUCGUUCAAGCGUAAGAACCACCUGGAGGUCCACCGGCGGACCCACACCGGGGAGACGCCCCUGCAAUGUGAGAUCUGCGGGUACCAGUGCCGCCAGCGUGCGUCCCUGAACUGGCACAUGAAGAAGCACACCCCCGAAGCCCACUACAACUUCACCUGCGACUUCUGCGACAAGAGGUUCGAGAAGCUGGACAGCGUCAAAUUCCACAAGCUGAAGAGCCACCCAGACCAGCAGACCACCUGAGAGGAGUUCUCACCUGGGGACAGGAAGUAACGUCACGGCUCGGCACGGAAACCAGAGCAAGGGCUUCUAGUGAGAGAGAGAGACGGACGUUCCCUUUGCUGUGUUUGUCUGGCGUCUCACGUCCAGGAUGAUGUGAACACACCAGCAGAGGGAGGACGAGGCGGGCCGGUCCCAACAGCUGUGCAGGACACAUGCUGGUUCAGGGUUCAGGGUUCAGGGUUCAGGGCCCAAACGGGGGAUUUGAACAUAUUUGGGACAGUGAGGAAACACAGCGUAAACCACUGUUGAUUAAAUGCAGGGUUGGUAAUGUUGAAAAGCUAGCGCACACACACACACACACACACACACACACACACACACACACACACACAGACAGACAGACAGACAGACAGACAGACAAACAGACAGACAGACAGAGACAGACAGACAGACAGACAGACACGCACACACACACACACAUACACACACAGACACACACACAUGCACACACACACACACACACACGCGGGUCUGGUUUCUCCAGGAAUUUAAAGCCGGACCGUCAUGGUGGCUCAGAAUCCCAUCUCAUAUUUUGCUAAAAUAGAUCCCCGAAACGUGUUUCUGGAAACAUUUUAAGGAGAAAUCGGCCAUGCAGCUGUCUUCAUCUCACACACACACACACACAGACACACAGACAGACACACAGACACACAGACAGACACACAGACAGACCGACACACACACAGACAAAUCCUUGUCACUCCCUGAUGUGAGUCGAGUGCAGAUUUGAGUCGAAAAAUGCUCAGAUUUAAACGGUUUACUGUCAUACUA